AUGGAGAAAGAAGACAACGUUUCUAACCAGAGCUCCUCUGCUUCUGUAGAACCCUCCAGAAGAAGAAGAAGAAGAAGAGUCGCUGAGCCAGUUGAUACGACGUUAAGUAAAUGGGUAAAGGAGGAGGAAGGAUUGAAGAAAGUCCGUAGAGUUCAAGCCAGAGCUGAGAUACGUGAACCUGUGAACCAACGUGGCGGAAACUCGAAGCGUCUUUGGCUUGGAACGUUCGAUACUGCAGCUGAAGCCGCCUUGGCUUACGAUAGAGCUGCUAGUGCCAUGUAUGGACGCUAUGCCCGGUUAAAUUUCCCGGACCGUUUAGGAAACUGUCCCGGUGGGGAAAUGAACGACGAGCCAGGAAGUUCUAGAAGCUAUUGGCUGGAAACUUCCAACGUCUCUGAAACCGGUCAUAGCUUGAUUGACAAGAAAGAUGGGAAGGGUUAUCUAUAA